AUGAAUAAGGGUAAAACCAAUCAUAGACGAGCAUAGUCUAAUAAUGAUUUUCAAUAAAUAAUAAGUUCUAAAAUAAUUCAAAUGGUUGAAUAAAAUUCUCAUAAAAAUUUACUGAAAAAUCAAAGCUUUGGUAAUAUGUUAUUCCAAAUCCCUGAAUAGACUGAUAUCUGUUCAUCAACAGAAUAAUCUCAUCAUUCCUAAAAGAAGAGUUGUAUAAAUGAUUAUUUGCUAUCAUCUAAAAAGAACUUUUCACAAGAUCAAAAAGAAAAUUUAAUAAAUUCCAAUUCUUGUACAAACAUUAUCUCAUCAAUUUAAUACAUGAUUAAAAGUAGCCAUCCAAUAAAGGAAAUAGCAUAGAAGUCACUAAAUAAUGAAAGUUAAAGCAAGAAAAAGCACCUUAGUUUUACGAGUGAAUUACAGAAGAAAAAUAGCUAAAUUCUCCAUUAAUCAAACAAAAUAGAUAUUUCAUCAAGUUUGACUCCAGAUAGAAAAAAAACAGAUAAUAAUAGUAAAUAGAAUAGUCAUAAAUAUAAAUCUGAUUAACAAGAGGGUCAAGAGAAAUAAAAAAUAGAAUUAUCAAAUUUCUUAUUAAACAAUUUAUUAAAGGUGGACUAAAAAAAGAAAUCGAAUGUAGAAUAGUAAGACUCUUUUAGAAGAAUGGAAUUUCAGAUGAAUAAGAUCUAGAAAGAUAUUUCUAAAAUUAAGAAAAGACAAGAUGAAUUGGAUUUGUUUAAUAAGAAUAUAUAGAAUCAACUAUUUGAUUUUAUUUCGGAAAGCAGAAAAUAUUAAGAUUAUGGCUAUAAAUCUCUCUAAAAACUCGAAAAAUUAGAACAAAUAACCAGAAGGAAUGAAGAAUCAAUAAAAAUGUUAAAAUAAAAACUAUUCAAUAAUGAAAUUUAGUAGAUUACUACUAAAACUCAUGAUAAUAAUAUCAAUUUUGGUAAUAUUUCUUCUUAUAAACAAGAACUUGAUAUACAAAAAAAAUUAUCUGAUUUUAAGUAUAUCAAUAAAUAAUGCAAUUGA